AUGCCGUACCUGUCCGGUCGGGCCCUGCGGGGCCUGCGGAACUACCGCUACAAGUCAGCGGGCACGACGUGGAUGGACGAGCUCCACAACCCGCUCUGGAACGGCGCCGUGGAGAUGCUCCCCCGGUGGAUGGCGCCGAACCUCAUCACGCUGCUCGGCCUCUUCAGCCUCAUGAUCGCCUACAGCGUGUCCUCGUGGUACCUCCCGGAGAUGCAAGGCGUCGCGCCCACGUGGGUCUACUGGCUCUCCGCGGGCUGCGCCUUCUUCUACCUCCACAUGGACUGCCUGGACGGGAAGCAAGCACGUCGCACGGGGACGUCGUCCCCGCUCGGGCAGCUGUUCGACCACGGCUGCGACGCGCUCGCGGUGUACUUCAGCCUCUCGAUGGCCGCGUGCUCCAUCUCCUCGGGCCACACGUGGGUGUCCGUGGGCGCGACGCUGGGCGUGAUGGUGCCGUGGGUGUUGGCGCACUGGGGGGAGUAUCACACAGGGCUCAUGGUGUACGGGAACUACCUCUUCGGGAUCACCGAGGCGAACUACGCGCUCGUCGCGGUCCACACCGUCAGCGCGACGCUCGGGCCGCAGGUGUGGCGCAUCGAGAUGAAAGACCGCCUCGGCCUCGUGCGCCUCGCGCAGCUCCUCGGCGUGACCCCCCCCGAGAGCGCCGAUCUCAAGACCUGCUUCCUGUCCUUCGCGUUUGCCAUUUGCUGCGUCAUCAUCGUCGCGCAGAUGGCCAACAUCGUCCUGCGCGACGACCCCGCCGCGGAGAUCCCCGAGCACGAGCGCGGCGACAAGCGCCUCGGCGCCCGCGCCGCCGCCCUGCACCUCGCGCCCCUCGCGCUCAUGUUUGUGCUGGGCUGGCUCUACCAGACGGCGCCGAUGGACGUCCCGGGGAUGGCGCGGACGGUGGAGGCGACGUUCGGCGUGCUGUACGCGCUGCAGGCCACGCGCAUGAUCAUGGCGCACAUGACGAAGCAGAACUACGCCCCGGACUGGCCGUCGCUAGCGCUCCUCGGGGUCGGCGUGGCAAACCGGUACGCGAGCUUCAUGGACCCGAUGCUGCUCGCGGUGUGCCUGAACACCCUCGUCAUCGGCGUGUACCUGCACUACGUCCUGAACGUCGUCGGGGAGAUUUGCGGGGAGCUGGGCAUCCAGGCGCUGCGGAUCCCCUCUGAGGCGCCGAAACCGAAGCCGGAGUGA